AUGGCUUCCCGACAUUCAGCACGCCUCCUACAGGCCCUCCGGCCCAUCGUCCCUAGCCGUGCUUUUCCUCCGCGCGCCGUUCGCCUCUAUUCCGACGCAGCCCCGGCCUCUCCUCCACUCCUCGCCUCCCUCAAGACCGACCUGAAGGCCGCCAUGCGUGCCAAGGACGCCGCUCGACUGUCAGUUCUGCGCUCCGUCCUCUCCGCUACCAACAACGCCGCCAAGACCGCCUCUCCCAUCACCACCGACGCACAGCUUGUUGCCCUCUUGCGCAAGACCCAACGUGCCACCCAGGAUGCCGCCGCCCAGUUCCGCGCCGCCGGCCGCGACGACCUCGCCGACAAGGAGGAUCUCCAGGCCAAGGUCAUGGCCGAUUACAUUGCCAACAGCGGCGUCCUCACCGUGACUGAGGCGGAGGUGCGCGUGCUCGUCGAGAAGGCCAUUGAGGAGGCCACCGCCGCCGGCAAGAGCGGCCUCGGUGAGGUCAUGAAGCUCGUCAAUGCUGCGACCCAGGGCAAGGACCUCGAGGUCGACAAGAAGCGCAUUUCCGAACUGGCCAAGGAGGCUCUUAAGAAGGACUAG